CCAUGUGAGGAAAUUUAUCUAAUUUAGCUGGAUUCCCCACCUCUGACCCCGAAACCCUAAAUCCCAAAUCACAGAAUCGAAUCCAGCGCCCGCGCCACUGAAUCCCUCACCCCAUCGUUCGGCAUGGCGAUCGCUCGCACCGGCGUGUACGUGGAUGACUACUUGGAGUGUGAGAUUGCUGGAUUCGAUUUUCUUUUCCUUUCUUCUCGUUCGAUGGAGCCCGUAGACCUUUUGAUCUUACUGGCUUCGUUUUGUUCCGCAGAUUCGAGCACCCUAGCCGGUGACCUACAGAGGAUUCUCUCCACCAUGCACGAGCUCGACGAGAGGGCCGAUGGCAUUUUGGGUCAGACAAAAAGGCAGAUUAAGUACCUCUUGAGGCCGAACAUGGUGGAUGAUGAUGACGCUGCCUCGGAUAGGGUGAAGAAGGAUAUUGAAAAUAGUCAGGACAAUGCGCUGAGUCUCUGCACCGAGAAAGUUUUGCUCGCACGCCAAGCUUAUGACCUGAUAGAAAGCCAUGUCAAGCGUCUCGAUGAAGACCUAGGCCAAUUUGGUGAAGAUUUAAAGCAAGAAGGAAAAAUACCUCCAGAUGAACCGCAUAUCCUUCCUCCAAUGCCAAUGGGUGGCAGAGAAGAAAAACGGAGGCAUGGUUUCAGUACUCCCCAAGCAAAGAAGUUCAGAGAGAGGGAAUGGGAGAGGGAAAGGGGUAUGGACUUCGACUUAAUGCCCCCUCCAGGCAGCAGCAAGAAAGCAGCUGUAUCUAUGGAUGUGGAGCAAAUGAUUGAUCCAAAUGAACCGACAUACUGUAUAUGCCACCAGGUUUCAUAUGGUGAUAUGAUUGCUUGUGACAAUGAGAAUUGUGAAGGAGGUGAAUGGUUCCACUACUCGUGUGUUGGUCUGACACCCGAAACGAGAUUCAAAGGGAAAUGGUUUUGCCCAACUUGCAGGAAUCUUCAAUGAGAGGUUCUCCUAAAUUGUGUUGAAGAGGCAAAUGGUUCCACCAAUUGGCCCAGACGUUCGCGGGCUCUUCAACAUGAUGUUCUCAGAAGUUUGCAGCAUAGUAUACCAAAUGAUUACAUCUUUCCAAUUUGAAAGGAGGCGUUACGAGUGACUUACACACAUUGUGGCUACUUCCUUCAUCUGAAAUUGCUCAUCAGGUGUGCCUUAUUUUGGUAUUGUAUAUGCUGGAGAGAAGGGUACUGUCUGGAGACGAUGGAAAUGCUUGUAGUUAUGACAUGUUCUGUUGUUGUAUCUUCGCUGUAAACAACGUCACAGUUUCGGAUGUUGUAACCUGGUAUCCAAUUACUUUUAUCUUGAUGGCUACCAAGCGUUAUUGCAAC